AUGCCCGGCCCGCAAACCCGCAGCCUCGAACUCAUGGUCCUGCAAGCGCACCGCGCCAAGGGAGUCCGGUACCCGACCGCCACCCAAAAAGACUGCUUCAAGACGUGGUACUCGUAUGCCCUGAAGAAGGGAGAGGCGGGCAGCAAGACGACUCCGACGAUUAUACAGGAGCAUGCGCGGGAGUUGAAGGAGGUUAGGGAGGCGGCGCCGGGAGGGAGGACGUACUUGGAGGGCUGGAUGUGGUGAUGGUGGGGCUGUGAGAAGUCUGCGGUGCGAGACUGCUUCGGCGGCGAGGUUGAGGUUUACCAUCCGAUAUCGAUCAUGCAUGACUAAUGAGGAAUGUUGGCGUUAGCGCUGAGCAAAAUUUUCGAAUUGAACCUUUUGAUUUUGGGCAGACUCUUGCCUGUUACCCCAUCACACGGGUCAGGUUCUGUUCCGAAGCAACGCUCCUUUUUCUCAAGUGGAGACAUGAUCCUAUAUAAUGUGUUAUUUGCAUACCCAUACAUUCACAUUCUUCAUACAUUGCUUGAUUCUUCUACCUCAGUCUACUUUCUUUUGGAAUAUCCUGCUAUCUACCUAGGCUAACGUUCUUUACAAAUGUCAUCUUUCCCGUAUAUCACUUAAAACCCUAAUUGGUCUUAAAGCUGAAGAGGCUCACAGCAGAUCUUUUUUCCCCAUACUUCUUUAAGCUUAG